CCCCAGCUUCUUCUCCUGGCAGCCCUGGCGGGGCUCCUGAGUCCCACUGAGGUGAUGACUGAGCCGGCGGAGGACGCGGGAGCCCGUUGUCCGGAAGGCCUGUGGCCUCUGCCCCCACAGGUGUCACCAAGAGUGACCUACACACGGAUGAGCUCAGGGCAGGUGCAGAGAAAUACAGCUAAAGAGUGUGGUCGGAGUCUGACAGGGAUAACCAGGCACGCUGUCAUGGAAGCUGCUGAGGAUGUCAGCUUCCUCUACCAUCCCUGUGCCCACCCCUGGCUGAAGCUGCAGCUUGCCCUCCUUGCCCACGUUCAUGUGGCCCAGCCCUCACUGGCCCCCAACUCCAGCCUCACUCAGGAUCGGCCCCUGGUGUUGGAAGCAGGGGGUGUGGUGCUGGAGAUGGCAUGGGUGGAGCCAGCCUGGGCUGCCCACCUGCUGAAGAGAAGGAGGUGGAAGAAGCAGAGGAAGAAGGCCUGGUUCCUCUCUAACAGCCUUUCUGGGCCCUCUCCCUUGGUGCAAACCUUGGGCAGAGGGAGGCUGUGCCGGAGAGGGUGUGUGCAGGCCCCGGCUUUGGCCUUUACUCUGCGGAGCUGGCGGCCCCCAGGCACAGAGGUGGUGUCUAGAGGGCCCAGGCAGCACUCUCCUGGUGGUGGUGCCAAGAGGCGUGGGCUACGGGCUGCCCUUCGUCUCCAGUCUACUCCCUCAGCCUUGAGGUUCCCCUCUGCUUCCCCCCAGAGCUUGGCGACCAGGAAGCCCAUGUUAGGAUCCCCAGGUGAGGGGGAUAAUGCCCCAUGGGUGCCCACUGCCCCCCUGCUGCCUGCGGGGCCUGGAGGCAAUGCCAGCUCCAGGAUAGAGACUCAGGUGCCCAAAGGGCAAAGCAGCCCAGGUGGCUGUGCCUGUCCCAGCCGGGCCUCCCCAGCCCCUCGGGCUGCUGCACCUCCGCGGGCAGCCCGGGGCCCCACCCCACGCACGGAGGAAGCUGCCUGGGCUGCCAUGGCCCUGACCUUCCUGUUGGUGCUGCUCACGCUGGCCACACUCUGCACUCGGCUGCACCGAAACUUCCGACGAGGGGAGAGCAUCUACUGGGGGCCCACAGCCGACAGCCAGGACACUGUGGCUGCUGUGCUUAAGCGGAGGCUGCUGAUGCCCGCGCGUCGGGUCAAGCGCUCGCGCCGGAGACCCCUCCUCCCACCCACGCCAGACAGCGGCCCAGAUGGGGACAGCUCCGACUGACCUGCCCCGGCCCUGCCACUGUGGCAGGUUUUGCCCCUCCCCCGGGAGGCCGCGACCUCUGCCACGUGGACCUUGCGCGGGGCCGCCCCCUGGUGGCCGAAUGGAGAAGUCCUGCCUAAGCCUUUGCAGAGGGGCUGGUCCUUUCACGUGUUGUUUGCGGGGGAGGGGUGGCCGAGGGGAGAAAAAGGAGCGGUCUUAGCCUCUCUUGCCAAAACUCCGUUAUUUUUAAUUAAAUUAUUUUAGUAGGA